AUGAUAUAAUGCAUAAACAUGCACACUUCUUUAACCAGAGCGCCAAGCAAAAAUCGCACUCGUGUGAACGCCAUUGAAGCAACAGUACCAAAGCUCUGCAGAAGAAGCAACUUUCAAGUUUCACCACUUGCCAUGGCUUCCAUUGUUGAGGACCUUUUCCAAGCUCCUCGGAGUUAGCCUUUUUGUCUUCUCUCCGUUUAACUUUGCUCCGAUAAUAUUGGCUCUAUUGCGAUUCCGGCACUGAAGCGGCCGCCGGUGGAAAUAUCUCCGGCUCUGGCUUCGGCUCCGCCGGUGGAGGGCGCUGUUUCUUCAUGGUAAGCAAUGGAGCCUUUGAUGAUGAUGAUUCAUUAAUUGCCUUUGAUUGAUUUGAGGCAGUUUUUUCCGGCGUGUGGGAUUGCGUUUUGGAUAAUAUAUUCAUAUUUUUCCGUUCACAUGCCCUAUGAGUCCGAUUUAAGCAUCCGUUGAGACCCUAUUUCACAUGCAUUUUGUCUCUGAGAGUAAAUUUCUUUUAUCCGCCAUUGAAGCAAAGCAACCACCGAGACGACGGCGGUAAUUAGCUUUACGACAAGCUACAUUUCUUAACCUUCUUCGUUUUUCUGAAGUUCAAUCCAUAUUUCAGAGCUCUAAUGGAAGGAGCAAUCAGUCGAUUUCUUAACCGGUAUCUGUUGUACUCCAUAGCCAUGUGCUUAAGCUUAACCAUGGGGAGCUCAUUAGUCGUCUCUCUCUCUCCUGACGGAGAAGCGCUUCUCUCUCUCAUCGCUGCUGCUGGUUCUUCUGCAUCAUCGUCUUCCUCUGUUCUUGCUUCUUGGAAUCCAUCUAGUCCUAAUCCAUGUUCUUGGGAAGGCAUCACUUGCUCUCCUCAGAACAGAGUCAUUUCAAUUUCUCUCCCCAAAACAUUUCUGAAUCUCUCGUUUUUGCCUCACGAAUUGUCUUCUCUCUCUGCUCUGCAACUUCUUAAUCUCUCCUCCACCAAUGUCUCUGGUUCAAUCCCUCCUUCUUUUGGGCAACUCACCAAUCUUCGCCUGCUGGACCUCUCCUCCAACAAUCUCUAUGGCCCCAUUCCUUCACAGCUUGGUUCUCUUUCUUCACUUCAAUUCCUUUUCCUGAAUUCCAAUAGACUGUCUGGUAAGAUUCCUCCGCAGCUUGCUAAUCUGACUUCUCUGCAAAGUCUUUGCCUCCAGGACAAUCUGUUUAACGGCUCCAUUCCAUCACAAUUUGGUUCUUUGGUGUCCCUCCAAGAGUUCCGGAUCGGAGGGAAUCCAUAUCUUUCCGGAGAGAUUCCGCCAGAAAUAGGACUGCUUACUAAUCUCACGACGUUUGGAGCAGCGGCUACCGCCCUUUCUGGGGCUAUACCGUCUACAUUCGGGAACCUAAUCAACCUUCAAACUUUGGCACUCUAUGAUACUGAGAUGUCUGGUUCAAUACCUCCUGAACUGGGACUUUGUUCUGAGCUGAGGGAUUUGUAUUUACACAUGAACAAGCUCAAUGGUGAGAUUCCUCCUCAGCUGGGUAGGUUGCAGAAGCUUACUAGUUUGUUUCUCUGGGGCAAUGCUCUAUCAGGAGCCAUACCGUCUGAGAUUUCCAAUUGUUCUGCACUUGUUGUUUUUGAUGCUUCUGAGAAUGAUCUUUCAGGCGAAAUCCCAAGUGAUAUAGGGAAGUUGGUCGUUCUCGAACAAUUUCAUCUAUCUGACAAUUCAAUCUCGGGGACGAUACCGUGGCAGUUGGGCAACUGCUCAAGCUUAACUGCCCUUCAGCUUGAUAAUAAUCAAUUAUCAGGUGUUAUACCACCACAACUUGGCAAUUUGAAAUCCCUGCAGAGUUUUUUCUUAUGGGGAAAUUCUGUAUCAGGAACCAUACCAUCUUCGUUUGGCAACUGCACUGAGUUGUAUGCCCUUGAUCUUUCAAGAAACAAGCUCACUGGGAUAAUCCCAGAAGAAAUUUUCAGCUUGAAGAAGUUGAGCAAGCUUUUGCUCCUUGGAAAUUCUUUAUCUGGCGGGUUGCCACGAAGUGUCGCGAAUUGUCAAUCACUGGUGAGGUUGAGGCUUGGAGAAAACCAGCUUUCAGGUCAGAUUCCGAAGGAGGUAGGCCGGUUGCAAAAUCUCGUCUUUCUCGACUUGUAUAUGAAUCAUUUUUCAGGUGGUCUUCCGUCCGAGAUAGCUAAUAUCACAGUUCUUGAGCUACUCGAUGUGCAUAAUAAUUAUAUUACUGGAGAAAUUCCUCCCCAGCUUGGGGAGCUGGUGAACUUGGAGCAGCUUGAUCUCAGUCGAAACAGCUUCACUGGUGAAAUUCCUGAGAGCUUUGGAAACUUUAGUUAUUUGAAUAAAAUUAUUCUCAACAACAAUCUGCUGACAGGGUCAAUUCCAAAGUCCAUUAAGAACCUGGAGAAACUAACUCUACUUGAUUUGAGUUACAACAGCCUCUCUGGCUCCAUACCACCAGAAAUUGGUUAUAUGAAGAGCUUGUCAAUCAGUCUAGACUUGAGCUCCAACGGGAUAACCGGAGAAAUUCCCGAGACGAUGUCUAGUUUGACACAGUUACAAUCACUCGAUCUUUCCCACAACAUGCUUUAUGGAAAUAUUAAAGUGUUGGGUCUCCUGACUAGUCUCACUUCACUUAAUAUCUCCUACAACAAUUUCUCAGGUCCUAUGCCUGUAACGCCAUUCUUCCGAACCCUAUCGGAAGAUGCAUAUUAUCGAAACCUGAAUCUUUGUGAAUCACUUGAUGGGUUUACUUGUUCUUCGAGUUCAAUGGGAAGAAAUGGCUUAAAGUCUGCAAAAGCUGCAGCUUUGAUCUCCAUCAUUCUUGCUGCAGUUAUCAUCCUAAUUUUUGCUUCAUGGAUGCUAGUUUCACGAAAUCGUAAGUACAUGGCGGAGAAAUAUUCCGGGACAUUGUCCUCUGCAUCGGCUGCCGAGGAUUUCUCUUAUCCCUGGACCUUCAUCCCCUUUCAGAAGCUGAACUUUACCAUAGAUAACAUCUUAGAAUCCAUGAAAGAUGAAAAUAUAAUUGGAAAAGGUUGUUCUGGAGUUGUCUAUAAAGCAGAUAUGCCAAAUGGGGAAUUAGUUGCUGUGAAGAAACUGUGGAAAACGAAGCAAGAUGAAGAAGCAAUUGACUCAUGUGCUGCGGAGAUUCAAAUUCUCGGGCAUAUUCGACAUCGCAACAUAGUGAAGCUCAUAGGAUAUUGUUCCAAUAGAAGUGUCAAGCUACUUCUCUACAACUACAUUUCAAAUGGUAAUCUGCAACAACUCUUGCAAGGAAACAGGAAUUUGGAUUGGGAGACUAGGUAUAAGAUCGCAGUCGGGACGGCCCAGGGUCUGGCUUAUCUUCAUCACGAUUGUGUGCCUGCGAUUCUUCACAGAGAUGUCAAGUGCAAUAAUAUACUUUUAGACUCGAAGUAUGAAGCUUAUCUAGCAGAUUUUGGCCUGGCAAAGUUGAUGAACACUCCAAAUUAUCACCAUGCAAUUUCGAGAGUAGCCGGGUCUUACGGUUAUAUUGCCCCAGAAUAUGGAUACACCAUGAACAUAACGGAGAAGAGUGAUGUCUAUAGCUAUGGAGUCGUUUUGCUGGAGAUACUAAGUGGCCGCAGCGCAAUCGAGACACAACUCGGAGAUGGUCUUCACAUCGUAGAGUGGGUGAAGAAGAAGAUGGCAAGCUACGAACCCGCCAUAACGAUACUCGACACAAAGCUCCAAGGGCUUCCAGAUCAAAUUGUGCAAGAAAUGCUUCAAACACUUGGAAUAGCAAUGUUCUGUGUGAAUUCCUCUCCAGCAGAAAGGCCAACAAUGAAGGAAGUGGUAGCAUUAUUGAUGGAGGUAAAGAGUCCUCCAGAAGAAUGGGGCAAAACCUCCCAACCUCUAAUAAAGCAAUCCUCAAACUUGAGUUGAAAUAAUUCUUUCUUUUCCUCGAGAAAUAUUUGGGUGAGAAUCAAGGGAAAGGCUUUGGAUAGAGAGAUAUUUGUGGCUUCUAAUUUAACUUUGGAGUUUUGUACAGUUUUAGCUUUAUGGAAGAGAUUUCAUAUUUCUGAACUCUAUACUUCAACUAGCUAAGAUUAACUUCCUUUGCACUGCAUUUUUCCAUUCUCA